AUGUCGUCGUUCAACAAGGGCGACUACACCGGCGCUGGCUCCUUCGACGACCUUCUCAUCCAGGACCUGAUGGGCCGCCUCCAGCUUCGCUCGCCGUCCCUCACCGCCGACUCCUUGCUCUCCGAUGGCCUCGACGACUUCCUCUUCCCCAAAGAACCCCUUUCACCGGAGACCAUCGCUGGCGGGGAGGAGCGGAGCCUCCUCUCGCGGGAGGAGGCAAAUUUGGAGAAGGAGAUCAUUCGGAUCGUCCGAUCCGGCCGCGCCGCCGAGGUCCUCCUCCCCAACUCAGGCCAGUCCGUCUCCAUCGGCGACCACAACAUCUGCAUCGGCCACCACGAGGAACCGGGAUCGGAGUACCGCGUGUGGGAGUGGCACGGCCACAUCAUGCUCUUCGACGACGAGAACGGCUUCUCCCCCGAGUACGUCUACGGCAAUUACUUCGAGAGUAUCCCUGCUCCGGCGAGGGAGAAGGAAAUCACCGCCGCCCCCGCCGCCGCCGGCGGGAAGGAGGGCCAAAAAGGGGGCAAGGAUGAGAGUGCGAAGAGUUCUGGACUUAGGUAUUUGAUCGUCGGUGAGGAGAAUCUGCCCGGAGAAGAUUGUCGGAGGGUGCUGCACCGGAAUUUUCUGAGCUCUGGCCCGGCGAGCUGA